AUGAACAGACAGUUGUGGCUUUUCCUGCUCCUUCUCACCAUUCAUGUGGCCCUUGUGGUCAGUAUUGAUGAAGCCAAGAAUCAGAUAAAGGUGUUGAGGGAAUUCAAAUCUAUCAGUAACUCAAAUACCAACGUGAGACAGUGCUUGUAGUUUGCCAUGCGAGAAUACAAUGAAGAGAGCGAGGACAACAAUAUCUUCAUCGUCACCAGGAUACUGCAAUCCUAUCUGCAGAUCACAGAUCGUAUGGAAUACUUAAUUGAAGUUGAAAUUGCCCGCAGCACUUGCAAAAAGCCUUUAAACAAUGAAGAAGAUUGUGUAAUUCAGGAAGACUCUGACCUGAAAAAGGUAGAAAUAUGCAGCUUUUUGGUAGCAGCACUUCCCUGGAAUGGAGAAUUCACUGUGCUAAAAAAACAAUGUGAAGAUUACUGA